AGUCACUAUUAUAUUUCACUUCAAAGCUUACAAGAGUCAUUCUUAGCCCACAAAAGCACAGUGUAGUGUUCACUGUGGCAAUCACAAGCUUAGGAUUUUCUUUAGCUUACUAAAUGCAUGGCUUGGCGGAGGGAAGUGGAAAUCAACAAUGGGAACCAUCGCGGGCUGCCACAUUCUCCUGUAGACAGACCUUUGCUGAGUUUCUUCAAGAUUAUCCUUCCUAGUAUAAUACAAGAAAAGAAGAUGAGAAUUCCAGAUAAAUUUGUGAGGAAAUUUGGGGAUGAACUUUCUGAGGUUGUUACUUUCAUAAUCCCUAAUGGUCUUGAUUGGAAAGUGGGAUUAACAAGAGCUGAAAGUGACAUUUGGUUUGAUGAUGGUUGGCAUGAUUUUGUACAGCAUAAUUCAAUCUGCACUGGAUAUUUUCUGGUGUUUGGAUAUAAAGGUUUCUCAAAUUUUAGUAUUCUCAUAUUUGAUAAGACUGCUUGCGAAAUCAAGUACCCAGAUAAAGGGUCUGUCUGUGGUCAGAACUGUUUAAUUCCUUAUGAGAAUGGAGUGGACAAAAAUAACUCUGCAAUUCCAUCCCCAUUUACUAGUUACUCUUUGAAAAGCAAAUUGUUUGUUGAAACUCCAACUAGAGGAGACUCUAGCAAAAGGCGUGCUGGUGCACGGAAUUCAGGGAUCAAGAAGCAAUGUGGAGGUGUUGGUUCAAUGGUGAACCCAAAUGUUAACACGAAGAGAAAAAGAAUUGAGAAGGAAGAGGCAGUCGAAAUAACUAACAUUGAUACUAAUGAAUCAAAAAGAGAGAAGUUUCACAAACAAAGAAUGUCUAGCUCAAAAGUUCAGCUUGAUAAUAAUAAGUCGCCACAUAAGUGUGAAGAAGAUACAGAAAUUAUUACUUCUGAAAAGUUUGAAUGUGUUAAAGUGUCCCCAAAAAGUGAGAAGGCAAUCCGAGCUGCUAGAAUGUUGCAGCCUAAAAAUCCAUCUUUCAUGGUUGUUUUACGCUCAUCCAGUUUAAUGAAAAACAUUGUGUGUGUGCCGAUUCGAUUUGCGAGAAGGUAUCUAAGUAGAGGUCUUGAGUUUAUUAAAAUUCAGGAUUCUGAUGGAAGAGAUUGGUCUGUUAAUCUUUGUUGGGAUAGUCAUCGUGUGAAUUUAGGAAGGGGAUGGAAUGUACUUUGCAGGGAAAAGAAGUUAAAGAGAGGGGAUGUUUGUCUCUUCGAGCUGAUAAAAAAUGAUAUGCUGAAAAUUUCUAUAUUUUGUGCAAAUCAGUCAGUAGAAAAUUAUAAAGAAGAUUUGGAAAUAAUUACUAGUGAAAUGUUUGGAUGUGCAAAGCCAUCUCCUGAAAGUCAAAGAGCAAUUGAGGCUGCUCGAAUGUUGAAGCCUAAAAAUCCAUCUUUCAUGGUUCUAUUGCGACCAUAUAAUUGCAGGAACAGUAUUCUGUAUGUGCCUUCUAAGUUUGCCAAAAGGUAUUUGAGUAGAGGUCCUAAGAACAUUAAACUUCAGGUUUCUGAUGGAAAAGAGUGGGCAGUGUGUCUCCUUCAGCAAGGAUAUGGACGAAGUUUACUAGGAAAGGGAUGGAAAAUAUUUUGCAGGGAGAAUACCUUGGAGGGAGGAGAUGUCUGUCUAUUUGAGCUGAUAAAUAAUUAUGUGCUGAAAGUUUUCAUCUUUCAUGCAGUUGAGAUUUCCAACCCGAAAAUAAUGGCUAGUUGACAUUGUUUCUCUUUCUAUGCAGCUUUUUUUAAGGGCAGAUAAUUCUGGCAGUUUUGCUUCACUUCUUGUAUUGCAUAUUAGGCAGAUCAAAGCUUGGUACAAGUAAUGCCUAUGGAAUUGCUCUGCUAGCCAGAAAGAUUUAUGUACAGCUUGUGUUUGUUUUUUU